CUUUCCCCGUUGCCUGCUUAAACCUCUUCUUCCGUCCACCUCAAAACCUCUCUCUCUCUCACACACACACACACAUUUGCGUGAGUUAAUGCGAGCUGAAGGUGGAGAAAUGACAGUGGAAGUGGAGAGAGCGUUCAUAGGAGCAGGAUGCAACAGAAUAGUUCACAACGUUUCGUGGGGCGCUUGUGAUUUGAUUUCAUUUGGUGCCCAGAACGCCGUUGCCAUAUUUUGCCCCAAGACUGCGCAAAUUUUGACGACGCUUCCGGGCCACAAAGCGUCUGUGAACUGCACGCAUUGGUUGCCGAGCAGCAAGUUUGCAUUUAGAGCGAAGAAUUUCGAAAGGCAUUAUCUGUUAUCUGGAGAUGCUGAUGGAGAAAUCUUGCUGUGGGAAUUUUCCCUUGCUGAUAAAAAAUGGAGGAAUGUGCUACAAGUAUCAGAAAAGCAUAAAAAAUGUGUUACUUGCAUCUCUGCAAUUGUGCUGUCUCAGACAGAUGCUUUAUUUGCAUCUUCCUCAUCUGAUGGAGUUGUGAGCAUAUGGGAAAUCAUAUUUCCAUCAAGUGCGGAGGGUGAAUGCAAAUUGUCUUGCUUGCAUUCUAUUGUUGCUGGUAGAAAACCUAUGGUUGCUCUUUCAUUUGUGGAGUUGCCUGGAAACAGUGGGCACCUAGCUCUAGCCAUGGGUGGUUUGGAUAACAAAAUUCACAUCUACAGUGGUGAGAGAUCGGGAAAAUUUGUCAGUGCCUGUGAACUGAAAGGGCAUAAUGAUUGGAUUCGUUGUCUGGAUUUCUCAUUACCUUUAUAUGCAAAUGGUGAACCAUCAAUUCUUCUUGUGAGUUCAUCUCAAGACAAAGGGAUACGUAUAUGGAAGAUGGCUGUACAAAAUAACCAUGCUGACGGCACGAAAGAAGAAACCAGUUUGGCCGCUUAUAUUAAAGGUCCUAUAUUUGUAGCUGGUUCAUUCUCUUACCAGAUAUCUCUGGAAUCCCUUCUUAUCGGACAUGAGGAUUGGGUGUACUCGGUGGAAUGGCAGCCUCCUCAAAGCUCCUCUAUUGAGGGCACUGAAUGUUAUCAACCUCAGAGCAUUUUAUCUGCAUCCAUGGACAAGACUAUGAUGAUAUGGCAGCCUGAGAAGACUACUGGUAUAUGGAUGAACAUGGUAACUGUCGGGGAGUUGAGUCAUUGUGCUCUAGGGUUCUAUGGUGGUCACUGGAGUCCAACUGGGAACUCAAUUUUAGCGCAUGGCUAUGGUGGAUCUUUUCAUCAUUGGAAAAAUGUUGGCACUGACUUUGAUGAUUGGAAACCUCAGAAAGUUCCUUCUGGUCAUUUUGCACCAGUGUCAGACAUUUCUUGGUCUAGGGAUGGAGAAUAUCUGCUAUCUGUUAGCCAUGAUCAAACAUCUAGGGUAUUUUCUGCAUGGUCUAAUGAAUCUAUAAUAGAAGAUGGAGAGGCUUGGCAUGAAAUUGCACGACCUCAAGUUCAUGGCCAUGAUAUUAAUUGUGUGACAAUGAUCAAAGGUAAGGGGAACCACAGAUUUGUAAGUGGGGCUGACGAGAAAGUGGCUAGAGUAUUUGAGGCUCCCCUCUCCUUUUUGAAGACACUGAAUCACACCACUUCUCAAAAAUCUAGCUAUGCUGACGAUCUUCCAUCAAAUGUGCAAAUUCUUGGUGCAAAUAUGUCUGCUUUAGGACUAUCGCAGAAGCCAAUAUAUCAAUAUGAGUCAAAAGAAAUAAAUAACAAUGAAGGGAUUGAUACCCUUGAAACUAUUCCCGAAGCAGUUCCGACUGUGUUGACAGAACCACCCAUUGAGGAGCAACUGGCAUGGCAUACACUGUGGCCGGAGUCCCACAAGCUCUAUGGACAUGGGAAUGAACUUUUUUCUCUUUGUUGUGACCAUGAGGGAAAGCUAGUAGCUUCAUCCUGCAAGGCACAGUUGGCUUCUGUUGCGGAGAUAUGGCUAUGGCAAGUAGGCUCUUGGAAGGCUGUAGGUCGCUUGCAUUCACACAGUUUAACCGUGACACAAUUGGAGUUCUCUCACGACAACAACUUUCUUUUAUCUGUUUCUAGAGAUCGCCAUUUCUCCAUAUUUGCAAUCAAGCAUACAGGGCAAGAUGAAUUAAGUCACGAACUCGUCAUCAGGCAGGAGGCCCAUAAGAGAAUAAUAUGGGCAUGCUCUUGGAACCCGUUUGGCCACGAAUUCGCCACUGGUUCGAGGGAUAAGACAGUAAAGAUAUGGCAACUGGUAAACGGUUCAUCAGUUAAGGUGCUCAUGACUCUGCCGACGUUCCAGAGCAGCAUUACUGCAUUAUCUUGGCUGGGGGUCGACAGCCAGAAGAACCACGGGCUCUUAGCAGUGGGAAUGGAGAAUGGUGUAGUGGAACUGUGGACUCUCUCCAGCACCAGAAAUAGCGAUGGCGACAUUGCAGCAACAACUGCUACUCUUGCGGUUCGUUUUGACCCGUUUCUGUGUCACGUUUCUGCAGUUCAUCGUCUGAGAUGGCAGAGCGCGAAGAAGAGCGAUGAUUCUAGGAGUGUGCAGCUUGCUUCUUGUGGAGCUGAUCAUUGUGUGAGAUUGUUUCAGGUACACAUUUAGCAGGUUGCAUAAUGAUGUUUGUUUUACUGCAACUGAAACUACUUGAGUUAUAUGUAAUUGUAUUUUUCAACUUCAUUUUAUCAUAUGUAUACUAGAAAGGUUUUGAGUUUA